CUUCCCUGCCGUAUCGCCAUUCAACAAUGCCUGCUUGCGUCCAUCGGGAUGUCAAAUGAUAUGUAGUGUGGUGUACGGAGUAGUGUUGGCUACAGCAGGUGCAUUCACCCCCUACCUACUCGUACCUACAGUACGGCGUACGCAGCAAUUAGCUGCCGUAUGCGCGGAGGGAUGUAGGUGUGUAAUGUGCAUGUAGGUGGUCGCCAUGUACGUCCUGUACCACCCUACAGUAGGUUAUGGCAGCGGAAAGCAGCCAAACGAUGCCAUGACGGAAAACAUGACCAGCCAACAGCAUUCGCUGCUUCAUGGCACGACCCUUCAUUUCCUCAUCUCCCCAAAGAUCACAGCAGACAGCGCACACAAGACACAGCGGCUGCAUCGCCGCAUCGCCAACACAAAGAGAGGUAGGUAUGUUGCUUUGUUGCAUCCUGCCUGCUCAUUCUCAUUCCCGCGGGCGGAUGCGCGGGCGCGGGAUGAUGCUGAUACCAACAUCAGCAUCAUCAUCAUCAUCAUCUAUCAUCACUAUCAUUGGCAUAACCCUGCUGGCAUAUACUUGCUUUCCCUGUGUCUGUCUGCCUGCUUCGUAGCCCUCUCUUUGCUACCUAGGGGAACGCGGGUAGCCGGGAGACAACGUGUCUCCCGUCGUCUCUUCCCAUAUACGCCUAUCCCUCCCCCAUCUCCACAUAGCUCCACGCCAUACCCGACCAUAAGCAAAGAAGAAGGUAGGCGGUAUGUAUUGUUUUCUCCGAUCAACGAUAAGACUGAGAUCUUCUCCAUGAUUUGUCUUAGAAGAUUUACACCAGUCGGGGUAACUUGGUGGAGUACUACAGGGAAGGGGAAGUAGCCUGUAGGUACAAGACAAGCAAGGACGCAAUGGCUGAC